GCUGACAGGGGCGGAGCUGCGAACCCAAGCAGGGUUGGCACCUUCGUGGCGGCGACGCGCGGCGGCGCGGCAGCUGGACAUCCCCCGCGGGCAGCAGGGCACAUGUUCCUGGACCAGAUGAAGCUUGAGGAGCCUUCCAGCUGUAAGAUCUCAGGAUAGGAGAACUCCCAAGUCUCCAUCUGCAGGAGGCUUGCCCUGCCUCUUCACCAUGUCAGGAAGCCACAUACCUUCUGCCAGUGGCCCAUUCUCAGCCCUGACUCCCAGCAUGUGGCCCCAGGAGAUCCUGGCCAAGUACACACAGAAGGAAGAGGCAGUGGAGCAGCCAGGCUUCUGCUAUGAUGAAUUCGGUUUCCGCAUGGACAAGGAAGACGGCGACCCCCGGCCCGGCCGGCUGCUGGACGACCCCCCGCAGAGGCUGCGCUGGCAGGCCCACCUCGAGUUCACGCACAACCACGACGUGGGCGACCUCACCUGGGACAAGAUUGCCGUCUCCCUGCCCCGCUCCGAGAAGCUCCGCUCCCUGGUGCUGGCCGGCGUCCCCCACAGCAUGAGGCCGCAGCUGUGGAUGCGGCUCUCGGGGGCCCUGCAGAAGAAGCGGAGCUCCGAGCUGACCUACCGCGAGCUCGUGAAGAACAGCUCCAACGACGACACCAUGGCUGCCAAGCAGAUCGAGAAGGACCUGCUCCGCACCAUGCCCAGCAACGCCUGCUUCGCCAGCGAGAGCAGCGUCGGGGUCCCGCGCCUGCGCAGGGUGCUCCGAGCGCUGGCCUGGCUCUACCCGGAGAUCGGCUACUGCCAGGGCACCGGCAUGGUGGCUGCCUGCCUCCUGCUGUUCCUGGAGGAGGAGGACGCCUUCUGGAUGAUGUGUGCCAUCAUCGAGGACCUGCUCCCUGCCUCCUACUUCAGCACCACCCUGCUGGGUGUCCAGACAGACCAGCGGGUCCUGCGCCACCUCAUCGUCCAGUACCUGCCUCGCUUGGACAAGCUGCUGCAGGAGCAUGACAUCGAGCUGUCCCUCAUCACGCUGCACUGGUUCCUCACGGCCUUCGCCAGCGUGGUGCACAUUAAGCUGCUGCUGCGCCUCUGGGACCUGUUUUUCUACGAGGGCUCCCUGGUGCUGUUCCAGACCACGCUGGGCAUGCUGCGCCUCAAGGAGGAGGAGCUGAUCCAGUCGGAGAACUCGGCCUCCAUCUUCAACACGCUGUCAGACAUCCCUUCGCAGAUGGAGGACGCGGACCUGCUGCUGGGCGAGGCCAUGCGGCUGGCCGGCUCCCUCACCGACGUGGCCGUGGAGACCCAGCGCCGCAAGCACCUGGCCUACCUCAUAGCGGACCAGGGCCAGCUCCUGGGCACCAGCACCACCACCACCCUCUCCCAGGUUGUCCGGCGCAGAACCCAGCGCAGGAAGUCUGGCAUCAGCUCGCUGCUGUUUGGGGAGGAUGACCUGGAGGCGCUCAAGGCCAAGAACAUCAAGCAGACGGAACUGGUGGCCGACCUCCGGGAAGCCAUCCUGCGCGUGGCACGUCACUUCCAGUGCACAGACCCCAAGAACUGCAGUGUGGAGCUGACCCCAGACUACAGCAUGGAGAGCCACCAGCGGGACCACGAGAACUACGUGGCGUGCUCGCGCAGCCACCCGCGCCGGGCCAAGGCCUUGCUGGACUUCGAGCGCCACGACGAUGACGAGCUGGGCUUCCGCAAAAACGACAUCAUCACGAUCAUCUCCCAGAAGGACGAGCACUGCUGGGUCGGGGAGCUGAACGGCCUGAGAGGCUGGUUUCCAGCCAAGUUCGUGGAGGUCCUGGAUGAGCGGAGCAAGGAGUAUUCCAUUGCCGGGGACGAUGCUGUGACAGAGGGGGUCACAGACCUCGUGCGAGGGACCCUCUGCCCGGCCCUUAAGGCCCUGUUUGAACACGGGCUGAAGAAGCCUUCCCUGCUCGGGGGCGCCUGCCACCCCUGGCUCUUUAUCGAGGAGGCAGCGGGCCGGGAGGUCGAGAGAGACUUCGACUCCGUGUAUUCGCGCCUGGUGCUGUGUAAGACAUACAGGUUGGAUGAAGAUGGCAAAGUCCUCACCCCGGAGGAGCUGCUCUACCGGGCUGUGCAGUCUGUCAACGUGACCCAUGAUGCUGCACAUGCACAAAUGGACGUCAAGCUCCGCUCUCUCAUCUGCGUGGGUCUCAAUGAGCAGGUGCUGCACCUGUGGCUAGAGGUGCUCUGUUCCAGCCUGGCGACCGUGGAGAAGUGGUACCAGCCCUGGUCCUUCCUGCGCAGCCCUGGUUGGGUCCAGAUCAAGUGCGAGCUGCGCGUCCUCUGCUGCUUUGCCUUCAGCCUCUCCCAGGACUGGGAGCUUCCUGCCAGGAGAGAGGAGGAGAAGAAGCCCCUGAAGGAGGGUGUCCAGGACAUGCUGGUGAAGCACCACCUCUUCAGCUGGGACAUAGACGGGUGACGCACUUCCUCCGGGGGCCCCCUUCACACCCAGGCCUCCUCCAACCCCUCGGCUACUGGCGCCCCUUCCCCAAGCGAGAUGAGAACAGCCGGGCCCUGGCCAGUCUCCGGCCCACUUUGGGGUGGGGUCUGAGGUGGCCCAGGCGCCCCCCCUCCCCCCAGCUGCAGGGUCAAAGGGAGGAUGAGCUCGGGGAGCCCUGGCUGGGCUCCGUGGUGGGAGUCUGGGGACACGGCCCUGGGCACCCAGUGCUGUUGGGCGGCGGGAGCAGGUGGGGGCAGGCUCGGCCCUGGGCCAUUGCUCACUGUGCCCAAUGAAAACCUUGGGGUUGUGGAGCCCCCUCUCUGUUCUGUCAGUUCUGCUCAGGAAGGGGAUGGGCGGGUAAAGGCUCCCUGGCCUCUUUGAUUUAUAAAUAAACUGUCUUUGAGAAA